AUGUCCGUCAACCUACUCAAUCACGACGCCAAACCCAUAGAGAUCUCCGACGAGCUGGAAUCUUUCUUCCACGUCCUUGUCUACUACGCCGUGCGCCACCUCCGCUCGAACUGUCCCCACAUUCCCUCGUGGAUAGACAACUACUUCCACAGGUACGCAGGCCCCGAGCAUAUGCUCACGUGCAGGCAGAAGUCGUACGCUGUCGAGGUAGCCGGAACGCUUGAAAUCCGAUCCCCGAUGGGGCCGCUUGUCUUCCGUAGCCCUAUGGAUGGCAUCCUCGCUCCCAUUCUAGAGUGUCUGCGGGCCCAUUACAAGGUCAUGGCGCAUGAGACUUCCAAAGCUGCGCUUCCACCACCCCGUCCUGAAACUCUGCUGCAACCAUCCUCGUGUGACGCUAUGUUUUUGAUCCGCAAUUACCACAACGCCGACCUUAAUCCCGAGAAGGCGGCACAGUGGAGAGCUCAGUUGCGCGCGCGCCGUGUCAAGAGAGGCCCCACUCCCGAGGAACGCGAGCUCGCAAAGAAGGUCGCUGACCAUAAAUUCAUGCUCGGCCACCUGGCGAUAACUCUGGGGGAUCCAUUGUGGCGAGGCGACGACCGCAUACCCACAACCCAGAACCCCGAGGCGAGUAUCCGAACACGACCGCGAAAUGUCGUUACCGGCUCGCCUGCAUCCGUCGGCUUCGCGAACGCGUGCUCGCGCCCGCACUCGUCCUCUCCGUAG